AUGUUGAACACUUUGAGGCGGUGGCGCGGGAACUCCCAGCGGUCGGAGGGCUUGCCGUCCACGGAGCAAGCAGUGGAAGCCGAGCCCACGGCGUCCCCCGCCACGGACGCCUGCAACAGCCGCACACAGCGCUUCAGUCGCAAACAAUUGCUAGCAGAGGGCGGGGAAGCGAGAGCAGUUGAAACAAACGGAUAUGUUAUCGACCAACAUUUUUUAUCGUCCGAUCUGCUUAGAACUUGCGUAUCAAAUUCACCUGCUCCUGGCAUCGACCCUGAAGAAGAUUCUACUGAUGGAGAUGACAGUGGCACGCAUCCGUCGCGGCUAGACGGUUUCUUCCUACGAAGGCCGCGCGGGGAGCUGGCUCUUGGUCACGUGCGUCGCCGGCGCGGCGGAGGGCAAGUCCGCGACGGAACGCGACGCCGCCGCCACCGCCACCGCCACCGCCGUCUCCACCACCCACUGCCGUCGCCAACCACCGCCACCGCCACCCGCACCGCCGGCCACGCGGCCGCCCCCGCCUCCGCCUCCGCCUCCGCCUUCCGCCUCCGCCUUCCGCCACCGCCACCGCCACCGCCACCGCCACCGCCACCCGCCACCGCCGCCACCGCCGCCGCCGCCGCCCGCCGCCGCCGCCGCCGCCACCGCUGCCGCCGCCAGCCGUCCGACACCACCGCCGACACCACGCCGCCACCGCCGACACCGCCACCCGCCACCGCCACCGCCACCGCCACCGCCACCGCCACCGCCGCCACCGCCACGUCGCCACCGCCACCGCCACCGCCGCCACCGCCACCGCCGCCACCGCCGCCCGCCCCCCGUCGCCGCCCCCGCCGCCGCUGCCGCCCCCUGGCAGCCGCCACCCCGCCCCCCUCCCCUCCUCCUGCCACUGCCAACCCCCCCGCCCCCUGCCCACCGCCGCCGCCACCGCCGCCACCAACGCACCGCCGCCACCGCCGCACCACCGCCACCGUGACCGCCGCCGCCACAAGGCGCACCACCCCGCCGCCGCUGCCGCCCCCCUGGUGCCGCCCCCCCCUCCUCCUGCCCCACGCCAACCCCCCCGACCCCUGCCCCGUCGCCUCCACCACCACCGCCGCCACCACCACCGCCGCCGCCGCCGCCCGCCGCCGCCGCUGA